AUGUCCGCCAAGACAUCCUCCAAGAAGGAGAUGGUAGCAAAGGUGCUAGGCCGCCGCCUCUCCCGGGCCCUCCUCCGAAGCCGCGACUCCAACACGGACGACUCGCCCGUUUCCUCCAGGCCGCAGACUGCUCAGCCUCAACCUCGACCGCGUGAAGAUGAAGGUGAACAUGAAUCGCCGCGCUCAAGCUCCAGCUACACCGUCACCAGCCAGCGCCCAGUAAGCGUCGGCUCCCCGGAUGCGAAGCGUCUCUCCCGCCGAGUGUCUCUGCGCCAGCGCAUCUGGAGCGCCUCGCCGUCCAACCACUUCGAGGACGACGACGACGACGAGGGCGAGCCCGGAUCCGCGGUCGUCACGUCCGCCAACCGACGCAGCGCCUACAUCCCACGCCACGCCGCCUCCGACUUCUCUAAGAACGCACGGGGGAACAAAAAGGCCGCCCGCAAGCAGCCCAGCGCCGCGCGUCUGGCCGCCGACGAGGCAAACGACCGCAUCAGCAAGCGCUUCAGCACCUUCAACACGCCCCGCGACGACGACGAGCGCACGCUGUGCUCGCUGAACGAGGAGCCCAGGACCGCCGGCGCCAGGGCGUCCAUUUCCACGGCGACGUCCCCCCAAAACACCGGGGAGCUGGACGACUUGAUCUCGACGCUGCACCGCGAACAGGCCCUGCACGCGCUCAACACGGCGACGCCCGGCGAGAAGCCCGCGGCGGCGCGCAGCCGGCAGAGCGGGGCCUUUUACUCGUGGACGGUGGGCCAGCCCCCGGAGCUCGACGCCGCGGCCGACUCGGACGACAGCAGCGACGACGACGAGUACGGCGUGUACCUGGACCACGGCGAGAGCCGGCGCCGGUCCCGGCAGGCCGACAAGCUGUGGGUCGAGGUCGACGCCGCGAAGCGCCAGAACCGAGCGCCGUCGUUUGACGGGCUCAACACCAACCGCAGCAGCGUCUACUCCAACCGUACGAGCGCCCAGUACAGCCUGCAGCCCAGCCGGAACAGCAUGCUGUCGACCAGCAGCAGCAGCACGUACUCGACGCGCAACAGCGUCUACUCCAGCCGCAACAGCCUGUACUCCACCAGCCCGGCCCCGGCCCCGGCCCCGGCUCCGGACGCCCAAGACGCCGGCUGCGGCGAGGACCCCGUGCUGCACCGCAACAGCACCUACCUGGACGAGAAGUCGCAGCCCAUCCCCGAGCCGCUGGCCGCGGUCGGCACCAAGCGCUCCUCGGGCUUCAGAAACCCCAACCUCUCCGUCUACAUCAGCCCGCCCGUGCUCGACGACGUGCGGACCAAGAGCCCGCGGCGCAGGCCGGCCACGGCGCGGACCCCGACGGUCGCCACCGUCAUGGAGCUGUGA